AAUGGUUUUACCCAGCGGGCUGUGCGCCGCCGCUCCCCGCCGCCGGCGCUGCUCGCUCCGCGGCCAUGGCGUUCACGUUCGCGGCCUUCUGCUACAUGCUGGCGCUGCUGCUCACCGCCGCGCUCAUCUUCUUCGCCAUCUGGCACAUUAUAGCAUUUGAUGAGCUGAAGACUGAUUACAAGAAUCCUAUAGACCAGUGUAAUACCCUGAAUCCUCUUGUACUUCCAGAGUACCUCAUCCAUGCUUUCUUCUGUGUCAUGUUUCUUUGUGCAGCAGAGUGGCUUACACUGGGUCUCAAUAUGCCCCUCUUGGCAUAUCAUAUUUGGAGGUAUAUGAGUAGACCAGUGAUGAGUGGACCGGGACUCUAUGACCCCACAACCAUCAUGAAUGCAGAUAUUCUAGCAUAUUGUCAGAAAGAAGGAUGGUGCAAAUUAGCUUUUUAUCUUCUAGCAUUUUUUUACUACCUAUACGGCAUGAUCUAUGUUUUGGUAAGCUCUUAGAACAGCGCUCAGAAGAAUCGGGCCAGUUCAGUGCAUGCACAAAGCCACCACGUGGAGGGCUUCUAUCCAGCAAGACCCUGUUUCCAAGAGUAGCCUAUGGAAUCUGAUCAGUUACUUUAAAAAAUGACUCAUUAUUUUUUAAAUGUUUCCACAUUUUUUGCUUGUGGAAAGACUGUUUUCAUAUGUUAUACUCGGAUAAAGAAUUUAAAUGGAAUUACGUAUACAUUAAUAUCAAAUGAUUACCUCUGGUGUUGACAGGUUGGACUUGCACUCCUUAAGGAACAGCCAUAAUCCCUUGAAUGAUUGUAUUAAUUAUUGACUGUCCUUACUCCAUUGGAAGCUCGUGUUUAUAGGAACUUGUAGGGCUCAUUGGUUUUACUGAAAUUCCAUCUAAUUAUAAAUUAGCUGUAGAUACCAGGUGCUUCUGAUGAACUGAAAAUAGAUAUCUAGCCUGUGGGAACCAUCAUGGUUUCCUCAUCUAUCAUGUAGAAGAUUAUAUAUGGAUACAUUAAAAACAUAAGAGUGGGAUGUUUUCCCUUUGACUUGAAUAUUAUCCCUGUAUAUUGCAUGAAUGAGAGAUUUCCCAUAUUUCAACCAGAGUAAUAACUUGCUUUAAUUCUUAAGCAUAAGUGAACAUGAUAUAAAAAUAUAUGCUGAAUUACUUGCAAAGAAUGCAUUUAAAGCUAUUUUAAAUGUGUUUUAAUUUGUAAGACAUUACUUAUUAAGAAAUUGGUUAUUAUACUUGCUGCUUUAAUCUGGUGGUAAAGGUAUUCUUAAGAAUUUGCAAGUACUUUAGAUUUUCAAAACUGAAUGAGAGAGAACAUUGUAUAACCGCCCUGCUGUUCCUUUAGUGCAAUACAAUAAAACUCUGAAAUUAAGGCUUAUUUUCAGUGCAUUGUUUUAAAGGCUACAAAUAGCUAUUUCUUAAACUUGCUUAAUCCAUAAUAAAGAUAUGUUACUGUCCGUUUUUUAAGCAGAUAGUAGAGUA